GAACCAUCCGCUCCUGUUCCGGUGCACGGAAAAGGAGGUCUACUUCUCAAUAAAAGAAGAAGUCUCUGUCUCUUGCCUCGGAUGGUCUUCAGCGUUCUGAAGGAGCUCCUCAGCGAGUGCCGGGACGAGUACCUGAAGCUGAUCCAGAACAAGUCGUCGAUGUUCGAUCACCGAGAUCACCGCGGGGAUCAGAUCUCAACAAGAGACAUCAGACCAAUGUCGACCGUCAUCAUGGAUGAGAAGGAGAAAAGAGGGCUUUGGAGGAUCCUCAGAAAUUCCUCGGGCCCCAAAGCCGAACGUGGUGCCCAAGUCCCACUGGGGAAUGGGAACGCACUGCGAUAAUUCAUGGAGACAGAUCACACCGGAGACACCGGAGCAUGAAGUGAAUGGUACUUUGACGAGG